GUGCCAAUGGUCCUACCAUUGGAGACGAUUAAAUGUGCUAUACGUGCCUUUGGAGGCCCCUUGGCCAUGGUCCAUAUUCAAAUCCAGAAUCGAUUGGGGAGCCAAAUUGAACGAGCUCUCGAAGGUGGUUCCUCAAUCAUAUUUCGGCACAUUCAUUGAUCAAUCACCCAUCCUGGUUCUGAAUGACCUUGAAAUGAUUCAAGAGGUGUUGCUGGACAAUCGAGGCCAUUUCUUGGUUCACAAUGCACAAUUGGCCUCCGGUGUUCUGCUGUCCUCGGGUAAAGGAGGGAUCUUUCUUUCUUGUUCAAAAUGUUCACUUCUAGGUUUCGUUUAUUAACUCGGUGAGUACAUUAUAGGUCAAUUGGACAUCCUCACUCCCCUUAUUGACGAGAUGGCUUUUCAAUUGAACGAAGAUCUCUAGAAGCACGUGGCCAACCAAAGUUUUAUGGUGGAACGGUCCAUUCGGAAGAUAUGGCGCCAAAUGCUGACCAUGUCCAUUUUUGGCCGAGUGAUCCAAACUGAACAAGAGAGCGACUUUCGCUUGUUCCAGGCCCUUGGUAAAGCCCAUGUCGGACAUGCUCAAUCUGGUCAACCCGGUGCCAUGGUUGAGUACAAUAGGUGCUGUCAUGCUUUGUCUGCUAAGCAGUGGGAGCUUUGGUCCCGGCAUGAGAAGCUCAUUCCCGACUUUGUUCAGUUCAUGGUACAAUUCAUGAACAAUGCCAACCUUCAUCAAGUCAUGGAGGUGUUCACGUCCAAGAAAACUAGAGAAGUACGCGAGGAGAAUGAAAAGCAUUUGGAUGUGAGUUUUGUGGUCGCAUUAUCCAUUGAUGUCUUCACCUUUGGUCUGGACCUAUUCAUGGAAUGUGUCAAUGAUUGCCUUUGGUAUUUAGCCCAGGACCAAGACCUGCAGACCAGAACUCAGAUAGAAAUUGAUGGGAUUUAUGCCGACCUAUGGGACAGUCAGAAGUGUCCAAAUUUCGAGGAUUUGGAGGGCAUGCAAGCCAUCGAGCACAUCAUCGAAGACGUAUUCUUGCGAAACGCCAAAGAGCAAAUGCUAAUUCGAUUUGCUGUCAAAGUUUUCAAAUUCAAGCAAAAUCAACUCAUCAUCCCUAAAGGUCAAGAGGUCAGAAUGGCCCUGUCGUUGGCUAAGCAAGCGUUUCCCAGACACGACAUAGACAAACCUGUGGCGUCUAACUCUGUCAGCAGAUAUUUGGAUCCUCUCAGUCUAGCCUUGGUCAAAAUGACCAAAGCCACCUUGAUGAUCGUUUGCCGACAGUUCCGGUUUCAUCCUAAAAACCCGGAAAAAGAUUUACUUAAGGGUGACCGUGAUACGCUGAGAGCCGAACUAAGAAUGACGCCAAGAUCAAGAAAGAGAAAAAUUGGAGUCGUCACUUCGCCUUUGUUACAAAAAAGUGGCCUCUAAUGGGCAAGAUGGAAUAGAUUAUUUCAUGAAAAUAGGAUCUACCGCUUGCAUCUGAUUGAUUACAUUGACAAAUCUACACAAAAAGGGGGAGCGGUUGUCUUUUGACUUCAAAACUGGCGAUGAGCUUUGUUAUUCCUGUGGGUCAAGUGGCACUUUCUGAUGC